AUGUAAUACCAAUAAUACAGCAUGGCUGAAACUAUUAGGCAUAGAGACUCUGUAUUUAAUGAUGGACAAAGUCUUUGGUGUUAUAAUUUGUAGAAUCUUUUUAAGUAAAAAAACUCAAGAACAUUUUUUGUAAAAACAUAAAAUAAAUCAAAAACCAAAAAUUUGACUUUAGGAGAAUCUCAUAUUUAAUAUUCUAAGCAAGUAUUAAUUAAAAACAAUAAUAGAAAUAUAUCAGUCUAGUGAAUUCCUUUCUGAAAAUUUUAUUUAAGUAAAAUGAGAUGAUUGGAUUUGUUUUGGAAAAGAAUGAUUAAACAAUAGAAAUAUAUGGAGAUACUUAAGAAUGGAUAGAUUCCUUUAAAAAUUUAACAAUAUAAUUAGAUUUUACUUCUUCAUAUAAGAUUGUUAAGAAAAUUGGUCAAGGAAUAGCAGCAUAAGUUUAUUAAGCUNUUUACUUGAAAUAAUCAAAUUCAGGUUCAUUCAUUAAAAAAAAGAGUGUCUUUUUUAAAUGGAGAUAAUGA